CAACAUUGCACCGGCCUUUCCCUUUCCUGCUUCCCGCUCCCGCUCCCAGCCAUGCCCAGCAGUCCCAGUCCUUAGCCGGUGCCGUCUACAGUCCAGUCCAGUCAGUCCCUGAACUGUCCGCGACAUCGAGCGUGCGAUGCUCUUUCUCGCCGACAUCUCGACGACGACGACGACGACUUCGACAAACGACGACCAGCGACCUUCGGCACGCAUGCCCCGGUAGGUCAGGUAAGUUCCGGCCCAAACAUCGACCACGACGACGACAACAACGACGAUAUCAUCGACCACACACACGCUCUCGAUCUCGACUCCGACAACAAACCACGCGACAAGCCGCAUAUCAUUAUAUUCUCUUCGCCUCUGCCUAUUCUGAGGCCUUAUUCUUCCACACGCUUUGCUACGAUACGCCCACCCAAGCACCAAAAACAUACAGGCUUUGGAGUCGCACGCCUUUGACGACUCUCACGAGCACCCACUAUCAUCCACCGCUACAAGUUUCCUUUGUAUCGCUUUCGACUACUUCUAUUCGCGUCCGCUUUUUUAUCCCACCUCGUAACCCCCUUGCGACCGCGGCGUCGUCUACCUUCAUCAUAGCCGCCGGGCGUCACAUGCCACCCAACCGAACUUUGCGACGACGUCACAUCAACCAUAUCAACAGCCAUGGCGGAGCCACCGUCGUCGCCUCCCAACGAGGCUUCCAGCCCCGAAGACCAACUGCGCUGGUACAAGUCCCAGUACGCAUCGCUAGAGGAGGAACUGGCCGAGUUCCGGGAGUCUAGCAAGGAGCUGGAGCAAGAGCUGGAGAAGGACAUCGACCAGGCCGAAAAGAGGGAGCGCAAACUCCAGGAAAAGGCCGAGAGCCUCAAGUUCGAGGCUGAGGAAUGGAAGUCGAAAUACAACCAAGCAAAGAAGGAUGCGAACGCAGCCCAGAAUACACUCGAGAAGGAGAUCACAACCCUGCGCGACACCAACAGGACUCUCCAGCUAAAGUUGCGCGAUAUCGAGGUCGCCAACGAUGACUUUGAGCGGCAGGCCCGGAACACAAGCUCGUCCCUCGAGGACCUCGAAUCCAAGUACAACAGCUCCAUCGAACGCAACGUCAUGUUGGAGGAAGAAAUCAAGAUCGGCGAGCAGGAGCGUGAGACUUUGCGCAUCGAGGCCCAACGCCUGCGGGAGGAGCUCUCUGACCUCAAGAUCGAAGCCGAGCUGCUCCAGGACAAGAUCAAGAAGCAGGAGGCACGCCAUCUGUCGGCCAUUUCCACCGACCUCUCCAUUCUCUCGUCCCCGACUUUCGAUAAGACCAUGGAAGCUUCUCCAGGCUCGACAGCCAGCUCGCCCAUGGUGUCAACCCCGCCUGAUGGAGAAGCACUCCCCGCCGCCAAAAAGUCCCAAAUCAGCGAGCCUCCGUCCCCUCCCAUGUCCGAUGUCUCGGCAUCUGUGCCCAAGAGGAUCGUCUCCAGAACACCCCUCAAGACCCCGGCCCGGACUCCGGCAUCGGCGACACGCAAGUCCCGUCUGCCCUCGACCGAGCACAGCAUUACACCAAAGCCUCGGUCGUUCACAACAUCCAUCACCAGCAGCCGGCCGGCAGGAGGUCGUCCCUCGACGGGUCCGCCAACAAGACCGCCUGUCCCCCGCACCACCCCUCGUUCCAUCUCCACCCGCAUGCCCGCCAACAAUUCUCUCAACCACAUUCGGUCCCUCACGGCCCAGAUGCAGCGUUUGGAGGCGCGUGUCCAAAACGUUCGAUCAAAGCUCCCUGCUCCCGUCACGACACCGCCCCGAGCCUCACCCCGUUCCUCGGUGCUUGGAGUCCACAGCGUGCCCUCGACGGUUACUAUCCGUUCUCGCAAGCGUCCGACGGGCUCCACCGCAUCGCGCGACGACACGACGCCGUCCAACCCCAACUUCUCUGCCAGCACAAGAUCCAGGCAUGUGUCUCGUCUGAGCACGUCAGGCGUCAGCCGUCUGUCUUUUGGCCCACUGCCCAACCGGAAUCCCGGGGCUAGUGUCGGCCUCGAACAGGAGUCUGCAAUCUCUCGGCCGAGCUCGCGGGCUAGUAUCUCAUCGUAUGCCAGGCCUCCGAGUCGCACGGAAAUGGCGCCCCCCCGGCCCAUCAGCCGGGCUAGCAUGUCUGGGUCCCGCACACCACUGGGUCGUCCCCGCAGCUCCCUCGGCGGCGCCCUCCACGCGCGCUCUGCUAGCAUCAGCAGCCGCAUCGACAUCGAAGAAGGCGACGAAAGCGGCGAGUACAGAACGCCGAGCAGGAGGGGGACUUUUUCCCGCCUCGAGGCGGAAACCGCCGUAAGCGGCAUCCCCGUGCCGACCAGUAGCAUUCCAAUGCCUAGCUCACGACGUCAGAGCGGAAGUAGUGUUUCCGGGAGGCGAAGUUCAAUGGCCCUGAGGAGUUCCGUCAUGGGCGUUCGGGACCUCGUCGAAGAGGAGACGUACUAAGGAGAAAGCUCGGACAACUUGGACACUCGCGGAGGAAGUUCUUGAUACCAACGGGAGCGGGAACGUUGUUUAAACUUGGUUUACGGCACAGAUGAGGCACAAUAGCUGCCAGCACAGCGAAGCCACAUGGCUUUAUUCUCUCAUUUUGUCAUAUUGAAAGGAGACAGAAUGUCUCCAAACAGUUUCCUUUGUACAUUUUUUCUGCGAUGAUUGCGGGAAGGGCUGCCGGCGUGGGACAACUGCAUCAGGGCGUUGGUAUGGUUACAAGAGUCUGGACGGGGAAAGCAUGGCGGUGCCUUGGUGGCUUCAUUGCGCUUUUUUACCGCAGGAUGAGGGGGGAAAUACCUUUUACACCUGACGCAUACACAUAUCAUACACAUACAUAUAUAACUCCAAACUCCCGCUCUGUCGGUCGUUAGAAGACCACACAACUUCUGGUCCCGAGAUUCAUCGGAUCUACAAUGCUGUCUCGUCUUUUGAGUCUUGGAGGCCCGAGUGAAUGCAAGAAGAGGAGGCGGA